CAGAAGUCUUUGCUCCUUCCUCUCGUCGCUGCAGCUGCAUGUGUUUUUGCCAGAAGAGCAGAAAUUCCAGAGAGUAGAGUCCAAAGAGUUUAGAAACACAUCGGAAGUGUUUCCCUUUAGGUGUGUGAGUGUAACAGAGAGACUUCUUCAGGAGUCAGGAUGUGGGCUCGGCUGCUGGUUGGUGUCCGGGGUUCUGGUCUCGGUCUGCGGGCUUCCAGGGACGGUCUGCUGCGGGUCUCUGGAGCUGGAUGUGCGGGGACGAGACAGGCUUCCAGUGGAGAGGCUGUCUUGAAGAAGACCCGGCUGUUUGACUUCCACAGGGAUCAUGGGGGUAAGAUGGUGGAGUUUGCAGGUUGGAGUAUGCCCGUCCAGUACAAAGACAGUCACAUCGCCUCACACAUGCACUGCAGAGAGCACUGCUCCAUCUUCGAUGUCAGCCACAUGCUGCAGACCAAAGUCCACGGCAAAGACCGGGUGAAGUUCAUGGAGUCUCUAGUAGUUGCAGAUAUUGCAGAACUGAAGGACAACCAGGGGUCCUUGUCUCUCUUCACCACUGAGAAAGGAGGCAUCAUUGAUGACCUCAUAGUGACAAAGACAGACCAGGGCUACCUCUACGUCGUCUCCAACGCCGGCUGCGCCGACAAGGACUCGGCUCAUAUGAAGGCCAGACUGGCAGAGUUCAAAGCUGCAGGUUUUGAUGUGGAUCUGGAAUUCCUUGAUGAAGCGCUGAUUGCUCUGCAAGGUCCAUCCAUGUCUCAGGUGCUCCAGGAGGGGCUGAAAGAGGACCUCAGUAAACUGACCUUCAUGACCUCCACCUUGGCCACUUUGUUUGGUAUUCCUGGCUGCAGGGUCACCCGCUGUGGAUACACUGGAGAGGAUGGAGUGGAGAUCUCCGUCCCUCAGUCCAGAGUGGUGGAGCUGACGGAGAAGCUGCUGGCUAACGCUGAGGUGAAGCUGGCCGGUCUGGGCGCCAGGGACAGUCUGCGGCUGGAGGCGGGGCUUUGUCUCUAUGGCAACGACAUUGAUGAGACCACCACGCCUGUGGAGGGCUCCUUAGUCUGGACCAUAGGAAAGCGUCGGCGUCAGAACAGGGAUUUCCCCGGCGCUGACAUCAUCGUACCUCAGAUCAAAGCCAAGACAGCCAGGAAGAGAGUUGGCCUGGUGUCCACCGGCCCCCCCGUCAGACAACACACACCCAUACUGGGCCCUGAUGGAAAGGUCAUAGGUGAGGUGACUAGCGGCUGCCCUUCUCCCUGCCUCAAAAAGAACGUUGCCAUGGGUUACGUGGAUGCGGCAUUCGCUAAGAACGGGACAGCCAUCAAGGUGGAGGUCAGGAAAAAAGCUGUGCCCGCCAUCGUCAGCAAGAUGCCCUUCGUCCCCACCAACUACUACUCUGGAUAGGAGAGCCACACACACAAACACAUGCACAUGCAUACAUGCACAGUACACACACUCACACUGGACCAUUCCCUGUUCUGUUUACCUCCAGCAACACCAAUGUAAGACUGAACGUCUCCAUUGGUGAGUCCUCUGAAAGAAAAUAAUCCAAAAUGCUAAACUAUUACUCAAUCCGGUACGUGUGCUGGUCUGAUGUGAUCAGGCACUUUCUUUGUGAAGCACAUUAAAUGUAAACAAGUUUGUAUUUGAGACACUGAAGCAGAGACGCAAUGUACAGUUCCACAGUAUAAACUGACAGGACCUCACUUGUAAGACAAAGACUUUAUGCAGGACAUUUUAAACAGCAGGCUGCAGCUCUACAAACAGCUGGUAUGCUACCUUGUAUUAAAAACGGCAGCAUCCAGUAACGCGGUUUCACCUAUGCAUGGGUGGACAUGAAAUAGAUUACAAGCAGUAUUGUUGAGUCUGAGAAUGUAUGUAUGACGGUACGGGCCGAGAUGCCCUGUUAACACGGUUCGUAGACCAAUUUCUGUUUUUUCUUUUUCUAUUUUAUAACUUACUGCACUUUCAGUAAGAACAGAAACAGUGACUUCUGUGUGGAUCCAUUAAACACGAGGAUUGAAUUAACUUUUUGUUGUAGAAUAUACUGUAGGUUUUGCUAAUGAAACACGACAUCUUUUACUUUGUCACCGCUGGACCAAAACAAAGAGAUUCCAAAUGGUUCUUUUAAUGUAAAUUCACUAGAUGUCUGCAUUUGUAUUCAAGGUCUUUCAAAUACCACAGAGACACAUUUCUAUUCAUGUUAUUGUUAGUCGUAAACAGCUUGAUCAAGGGAGGUCAAACGGGGCCAUCGAAUAAUCCUUCCAACACAAAACCCCCCCUAUCUGAAAUGUGCUAAUUAACACAAAACCAGUUCAGUUUGUGAAACUGGCAUUUUUGUGUUAAUUAGCAGAUUCUCACAUGGGGGGUCUUGUUUAGAGGGAGUUCCAGAUUGCUCUGUUGAUAUGUUAAAAACCCUGAUCUCCACCAUCAGAUAAAACCAGACUGUCUAUAACAUGAUAAUGAGAUAACACAAUGAUAACCUAACUUGAAAAGAUGUUAAUUGUAAUUAUGUGUGUUCUGUCUGGCAACUAAUGAAAUGUAAUUUCAUUGUCUUUGGACUUUCUGUGGAGCUCUGAAUGUAUUAUGUUGUCAAAAAUAAUAACCUACUUAGUAUAGAAAUAAUACUACUGAUUUAUAGGUUGUCAGUUUUUGUCAUCUCUGUCUUGAAGUGGCACUUUUUACAUCACUGGAUUUUAAUAUUUAACAGAAUUUUCUUGUGAACGUUUUGAAUAACAUUGCUUAUUUGAUUAGAAAAGCUCUUCUCUUUAUUAAAGACAUUCUCAUUUUC